AUGAACUUCCCCAUAUAUCCCAACGAAAAAUAUUUUAAAUUAAUAGACUUAGCAAAACAAUAUGACCAAUGUCAAAAUGAUUUAUUGUAUUACAAUAAGAUAGACAAAAAAGGAACCGAAAAUAAUAUACCUUCUUACAUAAAACAUAAGGAAAAGACAGAGAAUAUAAAUAUAGAUCCAAUCGAGUUAGUUCAGAGGCAAAUAACUUUUAGACCAUUUAAUAUUCAUGAUGAAGAAAAAAAUGAAGAAGAGAAAAAAAGAAUAUCUAUAUCCACUAAUAAUACAAAACAGAACUUUAAAAUGUCGAGAAAACGCCAAAAAAUUACAACACAUACUAGUUCUUUCAUAGGUGAAAAAAAAAACAAAAAUAAAUAUAGCCCUACAAAAUUGUUUAAAUGUUAUUCAAGUCACCCAUUUAAAAAAAUAAAACGGGAAAAAAAAUAUAACAUUUCGAAAAUACCUGAAAAGCGUUUAUUAAAGCAUCAUUUUCAAUUGUCUCAUUAUUGUAGAAUGGCAAAAAAUAAGGGCCUUAAAUUUUCAAAACAAAUCCACGAUGGAAAAAAUAAUAGACAAAAAAAACAAAGUACAAAUAUUAAAAAAGAAAAGAAAAGAAGUAGUCUAAACAACUAUCAACAAAUUGAUGGCAAUGAUGAUAAGAUAAAUAAAGAAAAUAUAAAUUUACAAAAAAAAAAAAAUAAUCAAAAUGGUACAUUUAAAAGUAAAAAAAAUGAAUAUAUGGAUGAAAAAAACAACCCAUUUAAAAUAAAGAAUAGCAAUGAUAACAAAACUGAUCAAGUUAAUGAAAAAUCGAAUGUAACUCCACAUAUAAAAUCAAAUCAUUCUCUUAAAAAAUAUACAAAAAUCAAAAAUACUAAAAACAAAGAUUCUUCUAUCCUACAUAUAUCUUAUGAUCCAAAAAAAAAACCUUCUAAAUUAAAUGCUAAAAAUAUUCUCAAAAAAUACGAGGAUAAAUUGGAUGAACCUGACAAUAGUAAAAUAAAGCCCUCAGAUAAAUCACUCGAAAAUGACAACAUAACAAAAAACGAUACUAUUUCAUAUAAUGAAUUAAAUGUAGAUCCUAAAAUAACAGGAUCUACUAAUAAAAAAAAAAAACAAAAAAAUAUAAAUAUAAGAAAAAGUAUGAAUGAAAAGUCCACGAUUCAUAAGAAAGACAACCUUGAAUUAAUCUCUUCAAAAAAAAUUUUAAAAAAAAAAAAAUGUUUGUCUAAAAGUUUUAAAUACAUAAAGAAUAAUUCUGUGUCUCCUCAAAAGGUUCAUACACACAUUAACAGCAAUAAAAAAAAUAAAAUAAAUAGUACCCAAGAUAAAUGUUAUAAGAAGGGAAAUAAAAAAAUAAAUCAUACAAUUGUUGGGAAGUUCAAUGUGAAUAAAUAUAACAAAACAGCUAAAACUAAAAAAAAUUUUAUAAAAGAAAAUGUAAACAAAGAAUUACAAAAUGCCAAUGCUAAUACUUAUAGAGGACUUUUAAAGGCUCUAAAUAGAAUAAGUGUUAUUGUUUCUACUAAAUGCCGAAAAAAAAAGUCAAGGAAAAAACUAAAAAAUGUAAUACGCAGAAAUAUAAAUUAA